CCCCCUAAGGCGACGCGUGCAGAACGAAGGGCGGGAUCUACACCAAGAGGCCACCAAUGAAGCGUGCGGGGGGUCCUCUUCCCCUCCCUACCCCUUUGCAGGCGCGUGCAUCUCACAGUAGGCUUGUUCCUGACGGGAGGAUCGGAAGAGUUCCAAUUGCCUGCAAAAUUGACGCCGUUGUGUAGGAGGGCGCGCUUGGGUCCUCUAGUUGACCUGUUGGAGACUCCCAAAAAUGUCAACUCAAGGCCAUACCUGGUCCCGACAAGUGAAGAAGGAGGAUGAAGAAGAGGACCCACUGGACCAGCUGAUCUCCCGCUCUGGCUGUGCUGCUUCCCACUACGCAGUGCAGGAGUGCAUGGCCCAGCACCAGGACUGGCGACAGUGCCAGCCACAGGUGCAGGCCUUCAAGGACUGCAUGAAUGAACAGCAGGCAAGGCGACGGGAGGAACUGCAGAGGAGGAAGGAGCAGAGCAGUGCCCACCGUUGAGACCCCUAACCAUUUAUUCCCAGAGGAGGCCCUGCAGAAACAAGCAUCCAGAGAGAUCAUGGCAAGAAGUCCUCAACAGUGGGGGUGUGGGCCAAGAAGUGUGAGACUUGGGGAUAGUCUUUGGGCCUGGGGUUGAAUGAGCAGUCUGCACAUGAGAGGCAGCCAUGGGUUUGCCAUGAAGAGCUGUCAUAGCAUCACGCUGAGAUCCCACACAUCCUUACCUGUUGUGUGCCACCAAAAUAGAUACUGACCAGUAUUUGCCACAUAAAACAGAGUGGGGUUGAGGGACGUUCUACCCGAUGUCUUGAGUCAGUGCGCCAAGCUCUGAGCCGAUUCUUUGGACAUUUAAUUUUCAAGUAAAUUCACAAUCUAAAAGUAAA